AUCAGAGGAAUUCAGAGAGACAGAGACAGAAGGAACAAGUGGCUGCAUGAGGCAGGCACUUGGAGAGUGGGGUCAAGUUUUGCAGGAAUUCCUAACCCAUCUUGGAAGAGGUGGCUGCGGUCCAGUGUGGCCCAGGCGGCAUCAGCCUGGUGCCUGGAGUCUCCACAUUAGUGCCUCCCUUUUAGAAGUGGCUCGCGACUGCUGUCUCCAGGGGCCUCCCGAUAAGGUCUCACUCCCUCUCUCCUGCUCAGCUCCACUCUUGAAAUUGAAAUACGGGCUGGAAUUCACUGCACCCCAAAAAUCAUGGGACCCAGGAUAGAAUACCCAGUCCCAGCCCAGGUUCAACUCCACAGCUGCCCGCUCUUCUGUCAGGGAUGACCCCUGACAAAGUUUUCACCGGAUGGGAAGGUCCUCAGAGAUGUCACAUGAGGAGGACCUACUUUCCUGGUCUCAGGAUCCUCCUGUCGAGCGGAGCUUUGUCCUUAUUCACAGAGUUGGACUGUUUCCUGCCAGCUCACUCAGAGGCCUCAACCCACAGGAAGAGCUUGGAGAGGUCUGGCUACCUGCCUGACCAGCCCCGUUCAGUGUUCAGUGAUCAACUGACCACCCUGCGCACUAACUGGUGGCUGCUUUCAGAUCCCAGGGGCCACAGCUUCCCUCUACUAGACUACAGGAAGGUGGAACAUUCUAAGCUGGUCCACUGAUCUUCUGUCCCCCUCCCUCAUCCAUAUCCUGGACUUCUUUCAGAGCUGGGGCUCCUGGUCAGCGACUUCUGCCCGCCCCCCAACUCAGCUCCAGCCUCAUCAUCUGGCUGGCCUGACCCCUUGAUGUUAUUGGGUGGGCACUGGCCUGGUGGCCUGGUUAGGCUUGGUUGGGCUCAGACAGAGAAGAGCAUCUCCCCCUCAUCCAUACUGUGCAAGGAACAUGGAGUGAUGUUGAGGUUAACACCUGGGCUUGAGUCCCUGCACCAACAUUAAUCAGCAGAGCUAGCUACUUCUGAGCCUCUGUCCUCGUCAGAUACAGAGAUAACGAGAGCGCCAAAGGCACAGAGCUAUGGAGAGGUUUGCAUGCAUGUGAAGGCUGAGUUGCAUGUAAAGUGUGUAGCCCAGAAUCUCUGCUGUAGUAGGUGACCGUCUAUGCUGGUCCAGUGGGUGAGGAGCCCCGGAUGUCAGACAAGGACACCCAGGCCAUGAUGAGCACAGAAGACAUACCUCAAGGCAAGGCCAGCCCAAACUCUCAGGACUUGCAACGAAGUGUGUUCUAUAGCAUCAAGUUCUUCGUCCUGUGCCACAGCCUGCUGCAGCUGGCACAGCUCAUGAUCUCCGGCUACCUCAAGAGCUCCAUCUCCACAGUGGAGAAGCGCUUCGGCCUCUCCAGUCAGACCUCAGGGCUGCUGGCUGCCUUCAAUGAGGUGGGAAACACAGCCCUGAUUGUGUUUGUGAGCUACUUUGGCAGCCGAGUCCACCGGCCCCGACUGAUCGGCUAUGGGGCUGUCCUUGUGGCCCUGGCAGGCCUGCUCAUGAGUCUCCCACACUUCAUCUCGGAGCCAUACCGCUACGACCGUGCCAGCCCCGUGGACAUGCCACAGGAUUUUGAGGCUUCUCUGUGCCAGUCCAAAACCUUGGUCCCAGACCCAACCCCAGCUCCCUCCAACAGCAGCUGCUCAAGCUACACGGAGACCCAACAUCUGGCUGCGGUGGGGAUAAUGUUCACGGCACAGACCCUGCUCGGCGUGGGCGGUGUGCCCAUUCAGCCCUUCGGCAUCUCCUACAUCGAUGAUUUUGCCCACAACAGCAAUUCGCCCCUCUACCUUGGGAUCCUGUUUGCAGUAACCAUGAUGGGGCCAGGCAUGGCCUAUGGGCUGGGCGGUCUCAUGCUGCGCCUUUAUGUAGACAUCGACCGGAUGCCAGAAGGUGGUAUCAGCCUGACCUCAAAGGACCCCCGAUGGGUGGGUGCCUGGUGGCUGGGCUUCCUCAUCUCCGCUGGUUCGGUGGCCCUGGCUGCCAUCCCCUACUUCUUCUUCCCCAGGGAGAUGCCCAAGGAGAAGCAUGAACUUCGCUUUUGGAGAAAGGUCUUGACGGUCUCAGACUCACCUGUUAGCAAAGGUGAAGAUUCUCCCUCUGAGCAGAGUCUGCGGGAACCUCCAGAGAAGCAGGAUGGCCUAGUCCAGAUUGCACCAGACCUGACUGUGAUCCAGUUUAUCAAAGUGUUCCCCAGGGUGCUGCUGCGGACCCUGCGCCACCCCAUCUUCCUGCUGGUGGUCCUGUCUCAGGUGUGCAUGUCAUCCAUGGUGGCAGGCAUGGCCACCUUCUUGCCCAAGUUCCUGGAGCGCCAGUUUUCCGUCACAGCGUCCUACGCCAACCUGCUCAUAGGCGGCCUCACCAUCCCAUCGGCCAUUAUAGGCAUCGUGGUGGGGGGCAUGCUGGUCAAGCGCCUCCACCUGGGCCCCAUGCGCUGUGGAGCCCUCUGCCUGCUGGGGGCGCUGUUCUGCCUACUUCUCAGCCUGCCCCUCUUUUUCAUGGGCUGCCCUACCCACCGGAUUGCAGGCAUCACCCACGAGCCUGGCAACUUGCCUGGACUAGAACAGUUUCCAGCCUGCAGAGGGAAUUGCUCCUGUCCAUUGGACGACUUUAACCCUAUCUGCGACCCCAGCACCCAUGUGGAGUACCUCACACCCUGCCAGGCAGGCUGCACAAGCCGGGUGGUCCAGGAGGCUCUGGACAAAAGCCAGGUUUUCUACGCCAACUGCAGCUGCGUGGUAGGGGGAGGCCCUGUGCCCGCGGGCUCCUGCGACUCCGCCUGCAGCCACCUGGUGCUGCCCUUCAUGUUCCUGGUCAGCCUGGGUGCGGCACUGGCCAGUCUCACCCACACACCCUCCUUCAUGCUCAUCCUAAGGGGAGUGAAGAAAGAAGACAAGACACUGGCUGUGGGGAUCCAGUUCAUGCUCCUGAGAGUUUUGGCCUGGAUGCCCAGCCCAGUGAUCCACGGCAGCGCCAUCGACACCACCUGUGUGUACUGGGCCCAGAGCUGUGGGCGGCGGGCCGUUUGUCGCUACUAUGACCAUGACCUGCUCCGAAACCGGUUUGUCGGCCUCCAGUUCUUCUUCAAGACAGGCUCCCUGGCCUGCUUUGCCUUGAUUUUGGCCAUCCUAAGGCAGCAGGACAAAGAGGAGAGGACCCAGGUCACCGUAUCCAUCCCUGGCCUACAGCAACAGCAGCCAUUAGUGUCAGGGCCAGAAAAGAAGCCUGAGGAAUUCAGAGCGUGAGCUGGUCCCAGAGUGGCUGCCACUGGGAAUACCUCCUCUGGGCUCUUUGCCCAAUAUUGGGUGUCAGGAACCCCAUUUUCUAAUUCAGACUCCUCUGCUAACUUGCUAUGUGACUUUGGGCAAGUUUGACCCUCUCUGGGCUUUUGUGACUCAUCUGAACCAAAGAGUUGUCUAGGGUUUUGGUGUGUUGGCCACUUCUAAUGCAAGAUGGUCUUCCCCCUUCCUCCCCCAGCCAGACAGGCUGACCUGACCAGGCUUUCCUGGUGGAAGGACUGCAUAUCUUUCUCCCAGGUCCUAAGAUAGAGAAGUAGACAACAGUAGGCCAGGCUGCCCUGCACACCUGGUCCUAGCCUAGCUUUGCCACUCACCAGGAGCACCCUCUCUGGGCCUCAGCCACCACCUCUGUCAGGUGGAAAUGGACUUGCCAGCUUUCAGGCCUCUUCCAGCUAUGACCAUCUGUGUGGUCAGUAUGGACUCAAGUCUCAUCUCCAGCCCCACUCAGCCUGGAGGUGGGGCCAGGACAGCCUCCGGCAAGAAGUGUCCAUUUGGCGCCCCCUGGAGGCAGAGCCCUGAACUCUGAGCGGGACCUACUAGGGAGGGAGCAGGCUCACAAGACAUCCAGGCUGGUCGGGGCCUCCAGCAAACCUGGUGUGAGGGCCCCUGGGGAGUUAGCUGAGGCGGAGUCUCGCUCUCUGGACUCAGGAAGUCCCAGUCCUUGCCCUCAGGGAACCACAGUCUGGGUGUGGCCUAGUCUCUGCCUUCAGGGCUCCAGUGGGGAGGGAGACCCAGGUCCCACACUUGGGCAUUUUCUGACUUCAAAGACCAAACACACUCUGCACACAUUCACUGGUACUUAUGCAUUGCCAAGAUUUCACUCUGACCAGGGCCCACCAAAGUCACUGUUACUUUUGUGACUAGAUCCUAAUUUCAACAUUUCCUUCCUGGUGCCUAACUCUUUGUGGCCUGGGGCUGUAUAGAUGCCUGGUUCUGUGAUAACCAUGCUUUGGGGGGUAACAUCUGGUUCUCUGUGAUGCCUGAGUUGGUGUAAGCACCUGUUCUUUGUAAGGCCCAGGCCUAGAAUGCUGGGACUUGUUAAUGUCAGGCUCUAUGUAAUGAGCGGGUCUGUGGGAUGCUUGUGUCUGAACCAACUGGUCCUUAUCUUCAGUGGCCUUGUCUUGUUUUAUGGCUAGUCUUAUCUGGCCUGGUUAUCUCCCUGAGAGGGGGAGAGAGUUUCCCCCAUCUACUCCAGCCCAUUCUGUUGCCACCACAUACCUGACCUGGCUGGGACCUGCUGCUUGGGAGGCAAGAGGCAGAUCUGUCAGCAGCAGCUUCCCAAGCCCUGUGCUGGAGGCAGGGGAGAAGCUGGGAGGCAGGUGGCGGGCAGGAGGGCAAUGCAGCUCUGACCCUCUGAGCAUCUCCCUGUGGCAGGGCUUUGAGGCUCUCCCAUGUGAAAGAGGAAGGGGAAGGUACAGAAGUUCUCACUCCCAUUUUGAUUCUAUUGGCUGGUAUCUUUAAAUGUUUAACAUCUAUCUGAGCCUGUUAUCAAUGCCAAGAAUUUCAAAUUCUCCUCCAACAAGAGGAGGCUGUUUACGUUUUAUAUUCCUUUUCCCAGGUUUUGCAGAAAUAAUUUGGAGUUAUAGAUACAGCUUAUUAUUAAAUUUGUUCUUGCAUAAUGUC